AUGUCCACGGAGAGUAACAAACCACUAUGGGUAUCUCCCCGCGCUGGCAAACACCCCAUUGACGACUAUCGCCGGCACGUAAACCAGAAGUUCAGGCUUUCUCUCAAGGACUCGCACCAGCUUCACCGAUGGAGCGUCACAAAACCCCACGACUUCUGGGUCGACCUCUAUAAAUACGUGGGAAUAGUCCCCGCUCUGCCGUCACACAUAACCCGUGCCUACGAUGACAGCGUGAAGCUCAGCGACGUCCCGCCAUUCUUCGAGGAUGUGCGGCUAAACUACGCUGAAAACGUCCUGGAAGGAAAGGAUCUUGAUGCUGUAGCGCUUAUUGGGCUGCGGGAGUUUGACUUCUUAAAUGGAGAACUGGUGACAUGGAGACAGCUGAAAGAGAGAGUGAGGGCCGUCAGAAGCGCGUUGGUUCGGAAUGGGAUUAAGGAUGGUGACCGGGUGGCUGCGAUCGUGUCUACAUCAGUCUGGUCGAUUGUGAUUAUGCUCGCAGCGGCUUCUAUGGGUGCGAUCUUCUCGUCAAUAUCCCCUGAUAUGGGUGAAGCGGGAUGUAUCACUAGGCUACAACAAAUCGAGCCUGCCAUCCUGUUUGCAGACAGCGAUAUGUCGUACAAGGGCAAAAAAGCGUCUCUAGACAAGAAGGUCAAGGCCGUUGUUGAGAAACUGUCCCAGACAAUGAAAGCAUUCGUCAUCCCGAUCACAGAUCAAAGCACCUCGUCAUUCCCUCUGGUAGAUGAAUUUCUUGCAAAGGCUCGCGACUCAGAUGCCCUGGUAUAUAAGCGGGUACCUUUUUCGUACCCCCUGUAUAUUCUGUACUCGAGCGGGACAACCGGACAGCCAAAGUGCCUAGUGCAUCAGCAUGGUGUUAUCAUUCAGCUAAAGAAGGUUGGAUUGCUACAUUACUCAUUGGGACCACAAGAAAUUGUCUUUCAGUAUUCGAGUACAUCAUGGGUGCUGUUCAACAUUAUGAACGGCCACCUCGCAGUGGGUGCUACGCUGCUCUUGUAUGACGGCUCCCCUUUGUGGCCUGAUGUUACAACGAUGUUGAAAAUCAUUGAGAAGUUUAGAGUAACAUAUUUUGGCACAUCGCCGCGGUACUUCUUAGAACUAGAAGCGUCCAAGAUAAUUCCACGCGAGGCCUAUGACCUCAGCUCGCUUCGGCUGGUGACAACAACCGGGGCGACGCUGACGUCUGAUCAGUUCAGAUGGUUUUAUCGGGUAUUUCCACAAAUCCAUCUCAGCAGUGUAGCCGGGGGGACGGAUAUUGUCACAUCAUGGGUUUCAUGUGACCUUUCAAGUCCUGUUUACGCAGGAGAGAUGCAAAUAUUUGCACUUGGAAUGAAUGUGUAUGUUGCAGAUGCCAACACUGGAGAAGAUAUUACAGAUACUGGAAUGUCUGGAGAGUUGGUCUGCGCAACUCCUUUCCCAUCAAUGCCCAUUUUCCUAUGGGGAGACAAAGAAAACAAGAAAUACAAAGCUUCAUACUUUGAAAGAUUUGAACACAUGUGCAUCUGGGCGCAACAUGACUGGAUCAGCGUAAACCCUAUUACGCGUGGUAUAACGAUGCACGGGAGAAGUGAUGGCGUCCUCAACCCGUCCGGCAUCCGUUUCGGCAGCUCAGAAAUUUAUAACAUAUCCGAAGGACCUGUCUUCAACGCCCAGAUAGAGGAUACGCUGUGCGUUGGCCGACGUCGAGAACACGACAAAGACGAGGUGGUUUUCCUUUUUGUGAAAAUGCGAAACCGCCAGCCUUUCACUCGUGAUCUGGAGCAACGACUCCGCUCCGCCAUCGGAGGAGGCUUGUCACCACGACACAUACCGAAAUUCAUCCUUGAAGUGCCCGAGAUCCCCGUGACAAUCAACGGUAAGAAAGUCGAGACGCCCGUGAAGCGAAUUAUCAGUGGGGAGAAGGUGCAGGUGAGCUCGACGGUUGCCAACCCGAAAUCGCUGAGUUUUUUCGAGCAAUUUACGAGAUUAGAAACACAACCAAGAACAACCAAAUUGUAA